UUACUGCGGCAUUUGGACAAUUGGACAGGACAAAUCCAAAUAAAAAUUAAUUGGACACCUAAAAAUGCCAACCCUGAUCUUGGCGGUAAAACAAAAACUUGUAUCAUCGCAACAAUAUCUCCAGUAAAAUCGAGCCUCGAAGAAACCAUAUCAACGUUGGAGUAUGCAACCCGCGCAAAAAAAAUUACUAAUGUGCCGGUUGCACAAAUAAAUGUUGAAAAAAAGGCCUCGGAUGUGGAGGUGGAGCUUCUGAAGGAGAAGCUGAUGGUGGCGGAGGAGGAAAUUUCCUCGUUGAAGAGGAAGUUGGAGGAAGAUAAAGAUGGAUCAGAAGAAUUGUUCCUUGUAGCUGAUAAGUAUAAUGAUGAAAAGGAGAAAGUACAACAAAAUACACAUUCUCGCGUUGGAUUUUUAAGUGCAUAUUGGUAUGAUAGCAAGGGUUUUCUUGAAAAAAGCCUUUAUGUAUUUGAACAAAAAUUAAUGUAUGGCAAAUUACAUGGAGGCAUUAAAAAAACCAGUGUUAACAAAAGAUAA